AUGGACAACCACGACCCGGACGAGGAGGCCGAGCAGGCGCACCUGAUGCCCCCAUCCCUAGACCUCGAUCCCCAAAACAAUAACAACAGCAAUAAUAACAACGCCGCCGCCGCCGCCACCACCCGCGGGCGGUCCCUCUCCGACCACAACCACGAGGGCCUCCUCCACCCCCGCCCCGAGUCGAGCGCCAGCUCCCGCAGCUCGCAGAUCAUCGAGAAGCUCGAGGAGGAGGCCGGCCGCAAGGACCAGAGCGACUUCGGCGUCAAGCAGCACAUCUCGAGGAGCAUCCGCAGCCUCUUCAUGCUCUCCCGCGCCUCGGGCAUCGAGCGCGAGGAGUUUGAGCAGCUCGUCAAGACGGAGCUCGACGUGCUCGGCAUGGUCGAGGAGGACCUCCAUUAA